CUUCAACCCAGGCUAUGUCCUCCAUCACCCCCGCCACUUUUGCCGCCCUCCACCCCGUCCACCACCUAAUAUUUGACGAACUCGUCGCCUCCGCCCCUCACUCGGUCCUCCGGCUCUGCUCCUCCACCUACAAACGCGGCAUCCCCUUGCUGUAUGCCGACAUCUACCCUUCUCACGCCGUGUUCGAGGGCCUUCGAUGGGAUUCAGGACACGAUCGGACUAUGAUGCAGGAGUGGAGUGGACUCUAGAGGCUUUGCAAAAUACAGAGACGCUCAGGAUCUGCGACUUUGCGAGCCUCGAUACACUCUAUGAACUCGCUGGUCAAGAGCCCGAAUCAUAUACGAUACCCUCUCCCUCUGCUCCCUCACACGCGAUAGAAGCCAUCCCUCGCUACCGCAACAUAUACGGCAAUAUCUUCACCAAUCUUCAACGUCUCGAGUUUGGCUUUCCAGUUCUCCGAGAAAGAAUCGAUGCCUAUUUCAAUCCGCUCUUACCGGAGGAGGACCCCGGUCCGUCGGAUCGAGAGGAGAUUCUUUUCAAAUGCAUCAAGAGGCUGUUGCCGAGCAAUCUCAGGGAGGUCGUUCUCCAUUUGGACGAGGAAGGAGAGGAGUACUGGAACAAGGCUGAGGACUUCCUUGACACUCUAGCCCCUCGAGAAGCAGUCAUCUUGAUCCGAGGAAAAGUCUUGAACAGAGCCCACACUGUGGCCGAUGACGGCAGUGGAAUGACGUCGUCGACUUUUACACGAUGAUGAGCGCGGACUAUUGGAGGCGCUGAGAGA